AUGAACAUGGGUGAUGGUGGUAAAAAUAAAAAAGGUGAAGAUAAAAAACCUCUUCAUAAUAGUAGCAUGCCUGAUGGUUCUGAGCAUGAAAUGAACUAUAUAGAUAGUGAAGGUAUAAAAAGGCCUAAAGGAAUUAGGCAGGUUCUUCAAGAACGAGGUUUAUGGAUACAAGGUCUUUUAAAAAAGUGUAAUGAUUGUAAAAAAAAUAGGCCUGAUCCAAACAACCUAAACUGUUGCACUUUGCGCAUUCUUUCAGCUCAAACCAAUUUUGCAACUCAAACAUCAUGCAUACAAGAGGAAUUAGUAGUGUCUUCUGAUCAAGUAACGACUUUAUAA